AUGUCGUUUCGAAAAAAAUCUGAAUCAAGAGAAGACCCGCCAACGGCGGAAUCAUCAAAAAAUAUUCAGACGGCACAACGACGUCUCUCACAGUUAUCCAAAUCAUUGACUCGAGAUCUUUCGAAUGAUAAUGACGAAAGUGAUGACAACGAAGACCGAAGUGUUAGAAAGCAUGGAUUUUUUAAGUCUGACGACAAUAGUAAAAUUGGUUAUACACUUCGUGUUGGAGAUAUCUCGACCAUCAUUAAGCCUACACAAAAUCCAGAAUUGGUGCCUGAUUUUAGGAAUCCAUUUUAUGAUAAUUCACAGGAAAUUUUAAAACAUUUAAGAUGGAUAAUGCAAAAAGAUAAAUUAGGACAAGAUAUAUUUCUUAUCGGACCACCAGGACAAAUACGACGUGGCCUAAUUCUAAAAUACGCGAGUCUCACAAACCGUGAAAUAGAAUACAUUGCACUCUCAAAAGAUUGUACCGACUCAGACUUAAAACAACGUCGCGAGAUUUCAGGCGGCACAGCUUAUUACGUAGACCAAGCAUGCGUCCGUGCAGCCAUCUAUGGUCGAAUUCUGAUACUCGACGGAAUAGAAAAAGCGGAACGAAAUGUCCUCCCAAUUUUGAACAAUCUCUUAGAAAAUCGUGAAAUGGCAUUAGAAGACGGUAGAUUCUUAGUGCACUCAAAGCGUUACGAUGCUCUCUCGAAAAAAACUGAAAAAACGGAAAUGGACAAUUGGAAAUUGGUACGAGUCUCGGAUCGGUUCUUGGUCGUUGCUUUGGGGUUACCUGUUCCGCCAUAUAUCGGGCACCCAUUAGAUCCUCCAUUACGUUCGCGAUUCCAGUCUCGAGAUAUUAAACAACCGGGAUUCGAGACUCAAGUACAGCAUUUGAGUAAGAUUGCGCCGAAUGCAUCGAUUACUAUAUUGGAACGCUUGGUUUCUAUUGCGAUGGUACUUUCGAAUUUGACAUUUAAUACUGAAGGAGGAAUAACGAUACCAGAGUUCCCGAUUUCGAUUGAAUCGAGUGUGUUUAUUCUUCAAAAAUUCCCGGAAAUUAAGCUUCGUUUUCUUUUGGAUUCUCUUUAUCCGUGGCCUUUAUUGCCGAUAUGCGAAAUAGAACAAAGAAAAGUUAUCGAGACGACUUAUCAUCGAUUUAGAAUUCCUGGAUAUGAUGGCACUGAAAAUGCCGGUGUUGAAAAGGACAAGAAAUUGAAUGAAAAUAAUAGCAAUGAUGACAGCCAUAAAAUAUUUCAAUCAACGACUGGAUACAAGUUUGUCGGAAUAAAGAAUAGCAAUGGUAUUAAACAAAUUAAUGGAAAACGAAUUUACAAAAAAGAACUUACCUUUCACGAAGAAACUGAUAUCUCGAAAAAAGUUUCUGUGAAUUUGGCUGGAGGUGGUGAGAUACCAUCAACAGCAGAAUUUUUCGUCGAAACUAAAUACCAUCAAAAUAUAUUAACUGCGAUGCUUAUCGCGCACUCUGCUGGAGACUUUUGUUUAAUAGGUCAAAAAGGAGUGGGAAAGAGUGCGUUAAUCCGGAAUUUCGCAAAAAAAUUAGGGUAA